UUGCUUAUCGGAAGUCAGAGACUCUCGAAACAAGCCGCGACAGGAGCAGAGACAUACAUCCGGCGCUUCAUGUUAAUAGAAAAGAACUGGGUUCAUCAAAAAGUGCCGAUUUAUAAACGGGAGUCUCCAUUGAUUCAAACUGCGCGCAAUUUCUGCCACUUGUCAAGAAGCCUCUGUCCAGGGGAGCCGCUGGCCGGCGCCGCAGGGAAAGCUAAGGAAAUUAAUAAUAUUAUUUAUCACGAAUGCUAAAUGAUUGUCUAGAUUAUUUCGGACUGUAACCCAUUCCCUGUACACGUCUUGAAUUGGCAAUCGACGCGGUGCAGCAACUGUUAACGGCAAAGCAUUAAUAGAUAUGGAACUGUAAUUUCUCGCAAAAAGUAGUGGCGGAGCCUUUAUCGCACUCUCUUUUUCCCAGCGAACCGCUAUAGCUUUUUUUGGGGGGGGGGGCAGGCCUAAAAAACACGGCAUAUUUCUCCAGUUUCUGGCAGGACGAGCGGGCUGAGCGUAAAAGCAGCUGGUGGCUGUGCGGGGAAAGGCCGGUACAACUCGGCAUUUUACACUAAGAUCCGAAGCGAAAAUGCUUUAAAGUUGAAGAUUCGGACUUAUUUUUAGCGUAAGGAUUAUGAACCGCACUUUUAAACCAUAUAAUUUGUGUUGUUUGUUAAAUUGUUUGGGCCCUGCAUUUUGAAUAUAGGACUUAUUUUUCCGGUUUCCUUACAAUAGCCUAGUGCAUGUGCGAUGGUCCCGUGUAUUAAUUUAGAAACAAAGAAUUAGGCUCCACUAAGCAGCUUUCGGGUUUGCUAAUUCGCCAACUAUCUUGCCUUUUUGCACAACGCCCAUACGUAAGCGUGUGUAAGAUAUAAGUUGGUCGAUUCGUUCCCAAAUACGGACUUUCCUCAAAAGUCGGCGUUUUGUAUUUUCAUCAUGUUGGACCCUAUGGAGGGUGCGAGUGUCAGGGCUCCCGAACCGCCGCCCGGCUUUUCGGAGCUGAUCAGCCGAGGCUACACCGCUAUGCUCGGCGUGCUGAAGGACUGCGGCGACUGCGGCGUGGAGCUCUCCAAACGGACCCUGCUGGAAAACGCCCAUAUAACCUGGAUGGAGAUCGGGCUCUUCGCGAUGUGCGCCGUGAUGUGGACGGCGCUCCGGCGUCGGCUCACCCGCUGCCUCUUUAAGCCAGUGGCUGAGUGGUGUUGCCUCCUGCCCAAAGAUGCUGAGAAGAUGCCAGAGAGUGCAUGGAAGCUGAUGUUCUACUGCAUGUCUUGGUCAUACUGCACAUAUCUGCUCUUCUUCACCCAGUAUUCCUUCUUCCAGGACCCGCCCUCUGUGUUCUAUGGCUGGACGAGUGGCAUGCUGGUGCCCACCGACAUCGCCAUCGCCUACCUGAUCCAGGGCAGCUUCUACGCUCAUUCCAUAUACGCCACGUUCUACAUGGACACCUGGAGGAAGGACUCCAUCGUCAUGAUUGUGCACCACAUCAUUACUCUGGCCCUGAUCUCCUUCUCCUACGCUUUCAGGUACCACAACAUCGGGCUUUUGGUCCUGUUCCUCCACGACAUUAACGACAUCCAGCUAGAGUUCACCAAGCUCAACAUCUACUUGAAGACCAGAGGCGGCACAUUCCACACGCUCAACGACGUGCUGUCCAGCGUGGGCUUCAUCAGCUUUGGGGCCACCUGGUUUUGGUUUCGACUUUACUGGUUCCCACUCAAAGUCCUGUACGCCUCCUGCAUAUCCAGUGUGGCGUCUGUCCCCAACAUCCCGUUCUACAUAUUCUUCAACUCACUCCUGCUCGCUCUCCUUGUGAUGAACAUCUACUGGUUUCUGUACAUAGUGCAGCUAAUUCUGAGGGUGCUGAAGGGGCAGAUGGCAGGGGUCAGCGACGUGCGGGAGUACGAGGGAGGUGAAUGCUUGGCAUCGCGGCCGGAAGGGCACGACGGCGAGAUGGAGCAGCGCGGCGCCGGGCAGAGAGGGAAACAAGCGACGAAUGGUAUCGUGAAAGAAAAGCAGACGUAAUGACCUCACAAGUGCCACCUGCUGGAAGAUGCUAUAAAUACAGGCUACUCCGUACCCAUCUGAUGGUUUCAAGGCCAAGACUGGUGCCAAUUGGUCUAGAGGAAAUGAGUAUCCAAAAAUAGCAUUUAAACAAUGUUUUUUUUUUUAUAAUGUAACAACACUGUGAGCGUUAUUUCAGAUUACCUUUGACUUUUGGCAACUUACUAACUUACACAAAGUACACAACAGCUCCAGCAGUGAGAUUAAAGCAGGGUGUGUUUAGUAGAUACAUCAGUAUUUCUAAGUCAGAUACACUAAGGAAGCAGGGCUGACUGUCAGUGUCAUGUGACAGAGUGGCAUUCACUAUACUCAUGAUUAUUUGAAAGAACUGGGUCUUUUUCCGGCUGUAAUCUGAAACUGUCAUUUUCAUUUCUGUGGUGAAGCAAUUUUUGUCGCCAACCAUGGAAUCGGCUAUAUGAGGGAAAAUGUUUGUUUGUGACUCUGGAUUUUUAGAUCUGUCUUUGUAAUGUUUCACAAUAUUACUUGUGUUCAAAUAAGGGAUAAAAUCAGAAUUUCUCGUGGAAAAUCUAGUUAUUUAACGUGUGUUGAAAUAUUAAAGGUAAGAAGGCUGGUAACUAAUAGCUAUAAUUGGUAGCUUAUUUAAAGUAUUUAAGUAAUUGCAUUUUUGUUUUUUUUAUAAUAAGGGUGGAAUUUGAAGUGAGAUAAUCACAUGGUUCUGAAAUGGUUUAGAAGAUGGUUUGAAACUGGGCUGUAAAAAUUGGCAGUUUUGCUAAUUUCUCAUUUUUAUUAUGAGGUCCUUGGCGUGUUGCCUACACAGACCACUGGUUGUGGGCCUGCUGGCUCAUUGCUAAGUGUAAUCCGUACAAAUUAGACACAGUAGCUUUGAUACAAUCAUCAGUAACAUACAGUGGCCCUGAAGUGCAAAAUGCUACAUUCAAAAAAUGGGGAAAAAACUCAAGAAAAUGCUUCCCUUUGGUCAGUUUGACAUUUUUUUCCCCCCUUGUGUUGAGUUUUUGUCCCACUUCAGGGCCACUGUACUAACAGCCUGCAUGUGGGUGAGCAUCAUUUACUAGCACAGCUUCCUGUCCAGCUUCACGUAGCGAUCCGGGGAUCGCCUGCUGGUUCUGAGAACACCGCUUACCCUUCUUCUGGGCCAGUGCUUCCGUAGGUGGUUCUCUAGGGCACCGGUGUGACUCUGAGUUCUUGGCUAACCACGGCCCUGAUGUACCAGGCCCAUCCACAGAACCGGCCGUGAUUGCGUGUCACAGUCAUAUUCAAAGGGGAACUAUAACUAGUGAUGGACAAAAUGAUCCUUCAUGGAUGGUUUGCUGCGUUUUCUGACCCCACCAGAUGGAGCCCUCUGGUUGCUUUGUAUCCUCCUUUGGAUCAGAGAGCACCAUCUAGUGGGGUUAGAAAGUACAGCAAAUGGUUCAUGAUGUGCCAGUUUGUCCAUCGCUAACUAAUGUUUUCUGAUGCGUAGUAAAGACUGUCAAGCAGCGGGCAUCGAAAGAUAAAAAAAGUAUUUACUUUAAAAAAAAAAAUUAAAAUUUACUUUCCAUUAUUUAAAACAUGGUAAUAGGGGAUUUACAUUUUUCAAACAUGGACAUUUUUUAAUUAAAGUGUAUAGGUGUUCCAGGUUUUGCAAGUGGCUCAUUUGUUGGUGUGAAGCCUGACAAAUGUCAGUUUGACCAUUCGGGUGAAACUGGCCCUUUUUACUGAGAAAGGACCAUCAGUGUAUCCACUGUUAUUCAUGUGCCCAGCUUUUCCUUCAAAUAAAAUGUGAAAACCAGAAA